AUGCCAGAACAGUGGGAAGAAAUCUCGGCCAAAGCCAAGCAAAAAGUGCUGGAUGAUAUUCCAUCGGAAUGGAAGAUACCAUCGGACGAAUUGCCUUCACAGGAUGUACUUGAUGUGACUGGCUUCCCAGCGCAGUCGGGCAUUUUGUCGCAGCAAGAUCUAGACAUCACCGACUCGUUUGCGGUGGACAUCGUGGCAAAGGUCGCCAAGGGCGAAUGGACGUCCGAAGAUGUGACCAGAGCUUUUUGUAAGAGAGCUGCCAUCGCCCAUCAGUUGGUAAAUUGCUUGACGGUAAUCAUGUUCGACGACGGCAUCGAACGAGCAAAGCAGCUCGACGCUGAGUUCAAGAGGACCGGAAAGGUCACUGGACCUCUUCACGGGCUGCCGAUCUCUCUCAAAGACAACUUCAACGUUCCUGGCUAUCCAUCAUCUGUCGGCUUCUGUAGCUGGGCAACGGAACCAAUGCAGACCGAGAGCACGAUUGUGAAAACGUUGAGAGACCUCGGAGCAGUAUUCUACGUCAAGACCAAUGUUCCCACGGCGAUGAUGAUUCCGGAAAGCGUAAACAACACUUACGGACGCACAUUGAAUCCGCUGAACCGCAAGACCACGUCAGGAGGCUCGAGCGGAGGCGAAUCCGCACUUGUUUGUCUAAAAGGCAGUCCGCUCGGGGUGGGAACAGACAUCGGCGGCUCCGUCCGCAUCCCAUCAGCCUGUACCGGGAUAUUCACCAUCAAGCCUUCUCACGGACGAUUUCCUCAGACUGGUGCGCGGAGUGCUCUUGCUGGACAAGAAGCGGUCGCGAGCGUCAACUCAGGCAUGGCCCGAAGUAUUGCAGACGUUCGCCUGUAUGCGAAGAAUGUCGUUGAUUCUGCGCCGUGGCUAAGAGAUCACAACUGCAUUGAGAUACCAUGGCGGAGUGUGGAACUCAAAGCAAAGCCGAAGAUUGCUGUCUUCCGCGACGAUGGCUAUAUUCAGCCUACCCCACCCGUAUCGCGGGCUCUGGAGGAGACUGUGGCCAAACUAAAGGCCAAAGGUUACGAGAUUGUGGAGUGGGACAACACCUGCCACCUGGAGAUCUACCAAAUCGUGGGCAAGCUCUUCGUCGCAGACGGCGGAAAGUCUCUUGAGAAGAUCGUGCAAGCCAGCGGAGAGCCAUGGCGUCCAGAGCUGAAGAUGUAUAAGGACGCCACGGAGCUGGGCGUGCAUGAGCUGUGGCAAAUUCAAGCCCAGCGAACUGCAUUGGCCAAGCAGUAUCUUGAGCGAUGGGCGGCGGUCGAGGGUCUGGAUGCAAUCCUAGGUCCCGUGACUCCUUACGCCAGCCCAAAGAAUGGCGAGUUCAGACACGUAGGAUACACGGCCGUCUUUAACGUGCUAGACUACAGUUCCUCCUCGUUCCCGACAGGUGUGUACGUCGACAAGGAGAAGGACGUGGUGCCGGAAGGACUGAAGACGCACAGCGACCUGGACGCCCAGACACAGCGAGAGUAUGAUCCAGUGCUCUCGCAUGGACUUCCGGUCAGCUUGCAGCUGACGGGCAGACGGCUGCAAGAAGAGAAGAUCCUGGCUUUGACGGAGAAGAUCAUUGAGGAUCUUAAGGCUUGA